CGGCUGACCAGCCCCCAGCAGCCAGCGACAGGCAGACGCAGGUGGGCUCAUCUCUCGUUUCUGCCUUCUGUGCAUGGCCUCAUUCACUGCACCUCGCGGCUUUCGCUCCAGUGUCCAGGACGACCCCCCUGCCCCGCCCCUUUAGGGUGGUUCUCUGAUCUCAGCAGGGUGUGCAGCUCCCUCAGUUUGGAGUCAUGGGGCAAAGCCAUUAGUAUGGCGUUAACGAGGAGGCUCUAUGGGUCCAGUUCCGUUCUCUGGAGCUGGGUGUGGAGCCCCCGUGAGCAGGCAGGGUGGGAAUGGGGGCUUGUACUGCAACACCGAUUCCUCUUGUCUCUGAGCAGCUCCUGCCCUGUGGAGAAAUGUCUGGCCAGAAGAGGAGGUGGCUGGACUGGCCUGAGAGUGCCUGGGGGCAAGGGCCACCGAAAGCUGCCCGGCUCUCCCCAGAGCCAGGGCCCAGCUGGAGGACGGAUCCUUGCACCAUCCUCACUGACUUGGAAAAGCUCUGUGACCACAGCCCCCAGCAACUCCUACCUUUCCUGCUGGACCACGACUUCCAGCUGGAGCAGGUCGUGGAGAGCCCCGGCCUGAGCCCCGCCAGGGUGUAUACGCUGCUGCGGGCCCUGAAGGUGGCGGUGGAGAGCGCUGGUGAGCCGGAGCUGGUCCAGCCGGUCCUGGCCGUGGUGCUGAGACCAGCUUUCGUGCUCAGGAGCCUGCUAGGCUUCAUUGCUGAGCUGGAGAGCUUCCAGCACCAGGACGGGCAGAUCUCCCAGGAGGUGAUGGAGGACACGGUGGCUGCCCUGCAUCAUCUGCUGACAGCGUGCCCCGAGCAGACGAAGACCCUCCUCUGCUACCCUGUGGACCUUCUCUUUGCCACUGCCCAGAGACUCCAGAGCCGCGGCUUUCAGUUUACGUGGAUCAUCCAGAAACGGCUUCAUGACACCAAGAUCCUGGUGGACUCGACCUUCCCACAGUGCAGUGCGCCCCUCGCCUCACCAGCCUGGCAGGAGGAUUUCCACACGAUCCCCAUUUUCCCAACCCCGGAGGAGAUAUUCGUCGACCCUGGGCAGAAGCUGAAGCGCAACCUCCCCGUCGGGAAAUACGCAAGCGACACGGCCUACCUGGACACGCACUUCCGGCUGCUGCGGGAGGAUUUCGUCCGGCCCCUGAGGAGCGGAAUCUCGGCUCACUUCUCCCUGCAGAACGUGUUUGGGGGCGCUGGGAAGCAGAGGGGGCUGCGGGUCUAUAGGAACGUGCAGCUGGCAAAGGUGGGCACCUCCCCAGUCGGUGCCAUAUACAUGGCCAGGUUCCAGGCCCCGCAGGGCUCCUCCCACACCUCCUCCAAACGGCUGCUGAGUGGCUCCCUGACCUGCCUCAUCUCCAGUGACUGUGGCCAGGUGUUGUUUGGGACUGUGGUGGGGGGCAACAGGCCUGAGCUCCUGAAGGGGGCCGUGUGGUUGGACAUUAAGGCAAACCACAGCGACCUCCUGAUGAGGCACCUGGGGAAAACCAACUUCAUCAUGGUGGAGUCGCCGGCCUUCUUCGAGUCCUACAGGCACGUGCUGGAGGGGCUGCAGGAGCUGGACCCCACCCUGGUGCCAUUCCAGAACUACAUCGUGCAGUGCCGCACCCCCGUCGCCCCACCCACACACUUCGGAAAGGACGUGACCUUUGACCUCUCUGUUCUGCGCCCCACUGGGCGAGCCGACAAAGAGCCCAUGGGGGACACAUCUGAGGGGCACGUGACCGCGGUGGACCUGACAGCCGUGAGACUCGGCGACUCCUAUAUCUGGUCUCCAGAGACAUUUCCUCACUUAGACAAGUCUCAAAUCUUGGCCAUUCGAAUGGCCCUGACCAGGGAAUUUGUGCUGAUCCAGGGCCCUCCGGGGACAGGCAAAACCUUCAUUGGGCUCCAGAUCGUGGAGAUCCUGUUGAGGAAUCAGUCUCAGUGGUGGAAGGACCAGAGACCUUUCCUGGUUGUCUGCUACACAAACCACGCUCUGGACCAAUUUAUGGAAGGGAUCCUGCAGUUCCAGCCCUCCGGCGUGGUGCGCAUUGGAGGAAGGAGCAGAAGUGACAAGGUGGCAGCUUGCUCCUUGAGGAACCUUCGCCAAAAGCAGCUGCCAGCACUCCUGGGGGCCGCGGAGAAGCACCAGUAUGGCUGGAUGCGGAAGGCCUUGCAGAAGCAGAAGGAGAGCAUCACCUACCGCAGUGCAGUGCUGGAGCUCCUCCGCCGAGGAAUCCUCACGGACACAGAGCUGGCAGCGGAGAUCCACGAUGACAAGCUGGAGUGCUCCUGGAGAGCGGGGCACUUCGACAUGUGCGACUGGCUGAAGAUCUACCCCGAGGCGCAGGAGGAGAAGCCAUGCCAGGCUCAGGGCAGGGGCAGGAAGGCAGGUGAGUGGCUGGGCAAAGGGCCGGGCGCUGACUCCGGCUAUGCUCGGAGCUCCUCCUGCACAGCCCAGGCACACAGGGGCAUAGCCCUGCUAAGCUCAGGUGACCGGAUGAGAGUGGGGGCAGGGGUCACACAUGCCUGUAUAAGAAAAAGCCCUGAAUAUCAGGACAUCUGGUCACCUUGCCCCCUUCCAGGCGCGGAGGAAGAGCUCUGGCCGUGCCUCAGGGAUGAGCGGGCCCUGGAUGACGAGGACGAUUUGGACCCUUCCGAGUGGCGGCGGAGUACAGUGGAGGAGAAGUUUGCUUACAUCCUCCCCGCUGAGAGCAGCUCCUCACACCAAGAGAUGCGCAAAUGCUUGGAGGAGGGUGACAUCAUGACUGACGAGGACGUCGCGAACGUGAGAGACGUCGGGGAGCUGCGGCUGAGGGAUCGCUGGCGUCUCUACAGGAGGUGGAUGCUGGCCUAUGAGCGUCAGCUGAAGGAGACGCUGGUGGAGAAGCUGGAGGAGUAUGAGAAGAAAGCAGCCCAGCUAACGGAGCUGACCUUCCAGGAGGACCUGUGGGUGCUGAAACGCAGCCAGGUCAUUGGCAUGACGACAACAGGGGCUGCUAAGUACCGAAAGCUCUUGCAGAAAAUCCAGCCCCACACUGUGAUUGUGGAAGAGGCAGCAGAGAUCCUGGAAGCGCACGUUCUAACCUGCCUCACGCCAGCCUGCAAGCACCUCAUCCUGAUUGGAGAUCACCAGCAGCUGCGACCCAAACCCGCCGAUUACACCUUGGAGAAGAAGUAUUUCCUCGGCAUCUCCCUGUUCGAGCGCAUGAUAAAUAAUCAGAUCCCCUACGUGCAGCUGCUCUAUCAGCACCGCAUGCGCCCCGAGAUUUCCCAGCUGCUGGUCCCGCUCUUCUACAAACAGCUCAAAGACCACGAGGCCGUUGCUGAAUAUGAACAGAUCAAGGGCGUGGAGAGCAGCGUCUUCUUCAUCCAGCACACAGCGGCCGAGAGCCACAGCGCUGACUCAGAGAGCUACAGCAACAGGUUUGAGGCUUCAUUCCUGGUCUCGCUGAGCAGAUAUCUCCUGGAGCAGGGAUACAACGAGAGCCAAGUCACCAUUCUGACACCCUACCACGGCCAGGUGCUGAAGAUCCGCAUGCUGCUGAGGAGCAGAGACAUGGGAGACGUGGCUGUCCAUGCCGUGGAUGACUUCCAAGGGGAGGAGAAUGACAUCAUUCUUCUCUCGCUAGUACGAAGCAACAGAGAAGGGAGGAUUGGUUUCCUCCAGGAUAAAAAUCGGCUCUGUGUGGCUCUCUCAAGGGCCAGAAAGGGCUUCUAUUGCAUUGGAAACCUAGCCAGCAUUGCAGCUGGGUCCAACAGCAAUCUGUGGAAAGAUAUUCUACGUCUCCUAAAGAGAAAGAAACUUAUGGGGGAAGGGCUGACACUGGUGUGUCAAAAUCACCCCGAUACCAAGACAGUGGUGAACGAGAGUUCGGACUUCAGUAAAAUCCCUGAUGGAGGCUGCAUGCUCCAGUGCCAAGCCCGGCUGGAAUGCGGCCACCCCUGCACGCGCCGCUGCCACCCGUACGACAGGGAUCACAGCCUAUACCUUUGCCAGUUCCCAUGCUCCAAGCUGUGUGAGCUCAACCACAGGUGUCCGAGAAAGUGCAAGGAACCAUGCGAACCUUGUUCCGUGGAAGUGGAAAAAGUCAUUCCAAAGUGUGGGCACCUCCAGACCAUCCCCUGUCACAUGCCAGCUGAUCACUGGCUCUGCCAAGAGCCAUGCAAGCAGCUUCUGGAAUGCAAACACCCAUGCACACGCCGCUGUGGGGAAGCCUGCAGCACCUGCAGGUGCAAGGAAAUGAUUGACGUUACUCUGCCCUGUUCUCACGUAAUGAGAACUGAAUGCUACAAGCAGAAAAUGCCUCUGAGCUGCCUUGAGACAUGCAAACAGAAACUCGAGUGUGGACACCACUGCAAAGGAAACUGCUAUGAAUGUGUGCAGGGCAGGUUGCAUGUCCACUGCCGUAACAAGUGCACAAGGGUCCUUCUGUGUUCCCACCAGUGCCAGGAAUCAUGUUUUGAGAACUGUCCUCCAUGCAAGAGAAAAUGCCCCAACAAGUGCAAACACAGCCACUGCGAUAAGCCAUGCGGGGAGAUCUGUUUUCCCUGUAUACAGCCCUGUUCCUGGAAAUGCAGGCACUACCGGUGCACACAACUGUGCUCCGAGAUGUGCAAUCGCCCCCGCUGCAAUGAGCCCUGCCAAAAAUCACUCAAAUGCAGCCACCCCUGCGCAGGCCUUUGUGGAGAGCCAUGUCCGCCCAAGUGUCGCACGUGCCACAGAGACGAGCUGGCAGAGAUUUUCUUUGGGGACGAAGACGAGCCAGAGGCCCGUUUCAUUGUCCUAGAAGACUGCGGACACGUUUUGGAGGUGCGGGGCCUGGAUCGCUGGAUGGAUGGCGAGCCAGACAACGCCCACGCCCAACACGUCCAGCUGAAGGUGUGCCCCAAAUGCGCGACACCCAUCCAGCACAACACGCGUUACAACAACGUGAUCAAGGCCAUACAGCAAAAAAUCAAGGAGAUCAAAUUGAAGAUUCAGGGAAACAAGGAAGAACUUGAAGCUGGAAAGCAGCAACUGCUCCUUCGGCUGAACCGUGACAGAGACCUUGUGGCCUGGACGGGUAUGGAAAGAAGCAUUAUGAACACUGUCUCCCGUCAGAGCCUUCUGGACUUGGAGAAUACCCUAAAUUUCCUUGCAAGUCUCUCCAGACUGAAGCAACAAGCGAAGAAGUGCACAGUGGCGAGAGAACGCAAUUUGAAAAGGAAGAUUGAGGCUGUGGAGCACUGGAUCAGCAGAAACAGAUACGCCUUCACAGCUCAGCAGCUCAGGGAAUGCAGGAAUGAGAUCAAGAGGAUAUCGUACCUGGGAAACAUCUUUGAGCGGCUGAGUGGCUACGAAAACAAACAAGCAUCGUUACCCACCGAGGCCAUGGCACUUGCUAACGAAGCCAUAGGCGUCCUCCAGCGGCAGGACCGUUUCACCCAGAAUCAGGAGGAAUCUCUCCAGAGGGUGCUGGAGAAGAUUGAUGAGUUGCUUCCUGCUGCAGAACUGCAGCUCUCCGAGGCAGAAAGGGUCAUGAUAACAGAGGCCAUGCAAUUUGGCAAAGGCCACUGGUACAGGUGCCCUCGGGGCCACUUGUACACGAUUGGGGAAUGCGGCCGCCCAAUGCAGCAGAGCAGCUGCCCUGAGUGCGGAGCUACCAUUGGGGGGCAAAACCACGCGCUCACUCAGGAUAACGUCGCCGACGAUCAAAUACUGGAAUCCGCUAGUGCACAGGAGCAAGAACCACGUCUACAGGACAGUAUCUUAGCUCUGCCCCGCUCCCGCGAUCAGCCAUGGUCACUCACCUGCUGCCCGCCCAGCCCCCACCCUCAGCUGGACUCUCCCCCUCCUCGCCCGCACAGCCCCCACCCUCAGCCCGACUCGCCACCUCCUUGCCUGCCCAGCCCCCACCCUCAGCCCGACUCGCCGCCCCCUCCCUCACCCAGCCCCCACCCUCAGCCCGACUCGCCGCCCCCUCGCCUGCGCAGCCCCCACCCUCAGCCCGACUCACCGCCCUCUCGCCUGCCCAGCCCCCACCCUCAGCCCGACUCGCCGCCCUCUCGCCUGCGCAGCCCCCACCCUCAGCCCGACUUGCUGCCCCCUGCAUCACCCAGCCCCCACCCUCAGCCCGACUUGCUGCCCCCUGCCCCGCGCAGCCCCCACCCUCAGCCCGACUCACCGCCCUCUCGCCUGCCCAGCCCCCACCCUCAGCCCGACUCGCCGCCCUCUCGCCUGCGCAGCCCCCACCCUCAGCCCGACUUGCUGCCCCCUGCAUCACCCAGCCCCCACCCUCAGCCCAACUCACCAAUCCAGCCCCCUCUGCCAGCUGGCCUUGCCAACCCCCUGCCCUCUGAACACAUGACUGUCCUCCAGGCUGAGAACCAGAACCUGAGAGAUCACGUAUGGCAACUACAGACAGCAAACUUCUCCCUGCAGGAACACAUUGCAGCUCUCAGAGCAGCUGCAGGUACCCGCGUCUCGCCUUGUGACACCAGCUGGGUAACCAGCCCGAGUUCCGCUCGCAGAGAUGCAGAUGGUGCCAUGGUGUAA